AUGAUGCAGCCUGCUGCUGUUUGUUGGCUUUUGUCUCUUGCUUCCUUCAGCACUUGGUGCCACAGGCCCUGUCCCUUUGGUGCUGCUGCUGCUGCUGCUGCUGCUGCUGCUGCAGGUGCUGCUGCUGCUGCUGCUGCUGCUGCUGCUGCUUUGUCGCGCGACAGGCUGCUCCGCUGCUGCUGCUGCUGCUGCUGCUGCUGCUGGCGGCCUGGGGGCGCCCCUGCAGCAAAGCGAGUCUCCUUCAGACCUGCUGCAGCAGCAACGGAAGAAGAUGCGUCUGCUGCUGCUGCUGCUGCGGACGCUCCGGCUGCUGCUGCUGCUGCUUCUGCUGCUGCUGCUGCUGCCGUCGCUGCUUCCGCUGCGCUCUCUGCUUUUGCUGCUGCAGCAAAAGCAGCAGCAGAUGACUCCCCGUCAGCUCCAUCUGCAGCAGCAGCGCUGCUGGGGGCCUCCUGGGAGUCGCCAGCCUCUGCUGCUGCUGCUGCUGCUGCUGCUGCUGCGUCAGCAGCAGCUGCAGCACGCGGCGCCUCAGCGCCGUUGGGGUCUCCACGCUCACCGCUGGAGAGGCGCGAGGGAGUCCGCUGCUGCGGCGACUCCGGCAUUGCUGCUGCAGCAGCAGAAGCUGCAAGAAGAAAAGGAAGAAUGAGCAGCAGCAGCAGCAGCAGCGAGUGCCGGGGUGUACGUACACCGGGCGCGCCGCGAGCAGCAGCAGCAGCAGCAGCAGCAGCAGCAGCAGCAGGAAAGAUAGAGGAAGUUCGAGGCCUCCUUUAG